GAUUACUGCUGUACAUAGUUUCUCUUUUAAGAUCUAGGUUUCGUAGCUUUCGUCACAUUAACUUGAGAGAUUUUCGAGAUAUCUAAUCUUCUUGCGAUUUUAUUGGUCUGGUCCCGGGCCCAGAAACGCAUCCAUCCAAUCAAUCGAUCAAUCGUCAAAACAUACACGGCUUUAUAUAGUGCUAGAUCUCCAGACAACAUGGUCCAUGCAGAUGCCUCCUCGUUUGCGGCUGGUUUGGUGAAAUCUGAAGUAUAUGCUCAAGUACUGGAGCAAGGGAAAGCUCUGUUCGAAGGUCAACGAAAUUGGGUCUGUAAUCUCUCCAAUGCCUCAUCACUUCUCUAUCAUGGGCUUCUGUCAUUACCGAGGCCUUCCAGUGCUAGCAAUUGGUGUGGCUUCUAUGUUCUGGAUCCAAAGAACCAUAACCAGUUGAUUCUUGGUCCUUUCCAGGGACAAGUUGCUUGUCAAGUCAUUUCGUUUGGUAGAGGUGUCUGUGGGACAGCAGCAGCAGCGAAAGAGACUCAGCUGGUCCCUGAUGUGGAGAAGUUUCCUGGUCAUAUAGCUUGUGAUGGCAACACAAAGAGCGAAAUUGUAGUACCAAUCAUACAGCAAGGGAAGGUCGUCGCUAUUAUUGACAUUGAUUGUGCAGAAUUGAAUGGUUUUGAUAGAGAGGAUCAGGAACAUCUCGAGGCGCUUGCACGGCUACUAUCGGAGUCUUGUGACUUCGAAAGUCCCAGAGACUGAGUCUGCUUGAUUAUCAAGCUUAUGAGGAUGUGAUAAUGCUAAUGCGAUAAUGCUCUAUAAACUGCGGUAAAUGUGUAAUCAACACGUGCUGCGGUAGCUACAUGGACAUUGACGAGGAUCCAGCGCAAAAGAUAAAUGCCGUCCGACGUAGCGAGUUUGCGU